ACUUCUUUGUUUGUUUCUGAGAAAAAAAAUGGGUGUAGCAAUUCCAAGUGGAAAAUGAAUUUAUUCAGUCAACCUUGAAAUUCUUCAGUCAGCCGAAUUGAGUUUCGAGAAGAUUUAUUCAUAUUAACGUUUUUGUUGCGUCCCGUGAGAACACUGAUCCUAACUGAUAUAGGUAGAAAAAUGAUUGUAUAAGUGUUUCAAGUCUCGUUUCUACCGACUGGAUUCGACAAUACUAUUUAAUCCAGAACUUAACAAACCUUUCAGGAAAACAAUAUGGCGGCAACAAAUGUUCCCAAAAGGGAUGUGAUUAUUGCAAUCGACUUUGGUACUACAUACAGUGGGUUUGGCUACGUUUUCACCAACGCCUCCGAAGAUCAUAUUUAUAUCUUUCAAAAGUGGGGACGAGGCCAAGGAAUGACGUACAGUAAGACGCCGACGGCCCUUUUGUUGACAGAGAAAGGCGAACUGCACAAAUUUGGGCAUGCGGCUGUGGAGAUGUAUGCCAAGCAAGCAAUCUCAAAGACGGACUGCAAGAAACUUUUGUACUUCGAUAAAUUCAAACUAUUACUUCACUCAAAAGAGGUAAGUCUUGGUCGACUGAUGCUUGUGUGGCCAAUAUUCUCGUUUGACAGUAAAACACAGCCCAGCAAAAAAUGGUUCUGAAUAAAUACUUUCAAAUACGUUCUUUAAAGCUGAUUUCGAGACAACUAGUUCUUUUUGCUUACUUUAAUUAGGACCUAAAUGAGAAUACAGAAGUGGAAGCAAGGAAUGGCAAAAAAUGGCCGGCUUUGGAAGUCUUUGCAAAGUGUCUUGAAUACUUGAAAAAAGUGGCAACUAAUGCCAUUAACGAGCGUCAUCUUAAAUCAGACAAGGACAAUCCAGGUGCUGAAGUGAUGUAUAAAGAUUCACAGAUUCAGUGGGUUAUAACUAUUCCAGCAAUAUGGAGCAUUUCUGCGAAAGAGUUUAUGAGGAAGGCCGCCUACAAGGUGAUAACCAUGUUUCAAAGUUAUUCGGCAUUAUAGAGUUUUUACACGGAAACGACUAAAUGCUUUCAAAUUGAUUAAAAAUAUAAUUGCAGUUGAUAGCAUAUGCAAAGAUUUCAAAAUUGCAGAUUAUUCCGUUGUAUGGAGGAGAUAUCUUACUGAACUUGAUUUAUAAGAUUGUCCAAGUUUUUCUUCGAUAAGAGAUAUGUUCUUCUCUAAACUAGAACCUAAAAUACCGUUUCUGCGACUACAAUCACAUGAGUCCUUAUUAUCACAUCUGAUGAAUUCUACUGACUAUUUCAUUAACAUCCAAUUAAUUUCAUUUAUAUCAACUUGCUUUGAAUUGAGAGACAAACUUAUCUCCGGAAUAAUUAAUCCUACUGAUGGUUAGAAAUAAACAAUGAUUAAUAAGUUUCAAAUUAUUUUAAAUAUUCAAUUUACAAGGAAUCAAUGAGUAAUUUCAAGUAGCUUUUGCAAUACUGUAAUACUUUGUUAUGGUCAUGCAAAUAAAGCUUAUUGUUGUUGUUGUUGUUGAUUUGUAUUCAUAGGCAGGUAUAGCUAGCCCUGAAGAUCCCGACCAGUUGAUCCUCGCUCUUGAACCUGAAGCUGCCUCGUACUACUGCAGAAAACUGCCCUUCAACAGGUUCAAAGGAAACCGGGGAGAUAGUCGUGUCGUGAAGGAGACUCUGGACAAAGAAAAAGUUCCAUAUAUGGUAGUUGACAAUGGAGGUUAGGUUUUAUGAUUUUUUAACUAGCUACCAGAACAACUAUUAUAAUUAUACUAUGGUAACGAUAAUGACGAUAGCGAUAAUGAUGAUGAGGGUGGUGAUGUUAACGGUUAUGAGGGCGGUGACGGUAACUAUGGUGAUGAUGAUGAUGAUAACUACAGAGUGGUGGAGUUGGCGGUGGUGAUAAGGACGGUUGUGAGGUGAUGUCAAGCUGGGUGGUGAAAGUGUUCAUGAUCUUGGUAAUAAUGACAGUUAUUUUGAUGGUGGUAGAGGUGCUCAUGAUGGUUAGUGGUAAUGUAACAGCAACGACUACGAUGAAAAAAAGAUGAUAACGAUGAUAACAAUGGUAAUGACAAUAUAAAGUUUUUUUUAACAGGUGGGACUCUGGACAUAACUGUUCACGAAGUUGAUGCUGUGGACGGGCACAUUCUAGAAAAACAUUGUCCUUCUGGUGGUCUCUUCGGAGGAAUACAUGUUGACAGAGAGUUUGAAAACUUAAUGAGCAGAGCAUUUGGCGAAUUCUUCAUGAGACGAUUUAAAGAAGAUUUCCCAAAUGACUGGCACUCUAUUAUGAAUCGCUUUGAGACCCACAAACGAGCAGAAGAAGACGUCGAUAAUGACGAGAUAAGUAUUCCCCUACCUUUAACCUUUAUAAGGUCUUGCAACCAAGACAUUGGAAGCGAUGACGACAUCAAUAAUAGGAUAAGGCGUUUUUAUAAAGACCAAGUCAGUGUUAGUAGCGACUAUCUGAAUAUUACCAUGAAGACUCUUGGUGACCUACAUUAUCCAAUAGUGACCAAGAUUGCGAACCAUAUCCGUGAACUUCUUGCCAAAGAUAGCCUUCGGGAUGUCAAAACAAUGUUUCUCGUAGGAGGGUUUUCUGAGGCGCAGUUUCUGCGAAAAGAAAUUUCCCGCCGUUUUCAAGAGAAACGCAUACUCAUCCCACACGAUCCCGAACUUGCCAUAAUUCAUGGCGCCGUUGAGUUUGCUCAAGAUCCCAGCUUACUUCGAGCCAGAGUCAUGGGCAGAACGUACGGCGUGGACACUUGGACUGGAUUUGAUCCUGAUGAACACCCUCCUGAGAAAAGAGAAAUUCGUCCGCACAAGGUAUACUGCCGUGACAUUUUUGAAACUUUAGUGGCGAAGAAUGAACGAAUAGAUAUCGAGGAAAAAAGAUCAUACACGUUUUUCCCCAUCAAUCCAGAACAGACACAAGUCCGUUUUGAAUUUUACAGCACAAACGAAGAAGAUGCUCAAUUCAUAACUGACCCCGAAGUGGUAAGCGAAAACGUUGCGAUAGUGGUUGCUAGUCCUGACACCACAAAGGGGUGUGACAGAGAAUUGAGACUAGAUGUGAUGUUUGGUGGCACGGAAUUAAAAGUACAAGUCACUGACGUUGAAUCAGGAAAUGCUGGGACAGCAUCAAUUGAACUGGUGUCCAAACCCGUGCUCCACUCCCGCUUUCACUAAAAAGACGUUUUCAAGCACUAUCAAAAGAGACAGACCAUGCUCUGCUUUGGCAGGCAAAUAAAUAAGACAACAAUAACUUUAAAGUUAAAUACGCUGUAUUUACUUUGCAUGAAAAGAAGCAAGACGUAUUCGUAGAAGCUCUGCCAAAUUUAGCAUGUGUUUAGCAAUAGCUUUAUUGGUAUCAGGGACUGACGGCAGAUAGCCAAGAUGCAUGGAAAUGUAUAGCAAAUUUCAAAAUUUUGUAAGCGACUGAAUGACUGAACGUUUUAAGUUCUUUCUGCGUGUUUUGUUUCCUUUUUAUAGUAUGACUUUACUGUAGUAGCUUUCGAGUGUAGUGUUUUUAGAUUUAGGCAAAUAAUAUCGAUUUUCGUGCUGUAUAUCAUCUCCACAUUCCCCUUUCUAGAAAGGAAGGGUUUUGUUUGCUUGUGUAAUAGGUGUGAUAGAACACGUAAUAUUGGUAUUAAAAAAAAACGGCCCUUACUUUGUGUACCGGACACAGAUGACGUAACACAAAAGAAUAAAAACCAUGAAACAAUAUCAAGCAGAUUUUCACUGAAGGGAAAACAGAGAGGUCUUUUGUAGGUCAUCUGUGUCCGAUACAAGACGUUUUGACCAAAAAAACAAACGCCGCUCGUAAGGAACGGUUGCUUAUUAUUUACACAAAGUGUCGGUUAAAAAAUUCAUGCAUAAACAUUUACAUUUAUUUUUGGGAGAAGCACUAGCCCCACGGCAAAAGUUUAGGCAAGCCAGGUAAAGUUGAAAGGAUGAAUCUUUUUGGACAGCCAAUACUGUAGCUUACUACUAUGGCUGUGCCCUGAUAACGGGGUACGUAUAAAAAAAGCGUACAAUCCUGGUCAAAACGUUUGGGAC